CCAGGCGGGGUUGAGGGACGAUCCCGAGCCCCGAGCCUUGCCCCUCCCCCGGGCUCUUAAUUCAACUCCAUUCUACCAUCUGCUGUCUGCUAAACUCAAUUACUUUCCUUCUCAGAGCCACCAAGCGGUAGUACAAUGCCUCCCUAUCCCCGCCCGGACUUUUCCCGUCGCACCCUCAACUGGCUCUCGCUUGACGGGCCCUGGGACUUUCUCUUCGAUGACGCCGACCAGGGCCUGGCGGAGCGAUGGCAGCACGAGGGGCUCCCCACCCGGGCGGAACCCCACGCCAAACGCCCGAUUCAAGUGCCGUAUGCCUUCCAGACGACCGCCUCGGGCAUUGGCCUCCAUGAGGUGCACGAAGUGCUUUGGUAUGAGCGGACGCUGCCGGAUAUUCGCACCGCGGAGGAACGUGCCCAGGGCCAUCGACUAGUGCUGCGCUUCGGGGCCGUCGACUACGAAUGCACCGUCUGGGUCGAUGGCCAGCUUGUUGGAGGCCACCGGGGCGGUCAUGUUCCCGUUGAGGUUGAUGUCACAGAUGCAUUUCGGACGCCGGGCAGUGUCGACCCUCACCGGCUUACGGUCCGCGUCACCGACUCGGCUUCAGAUCUGGGUCAGCUGCGCGGAAAGCAAUACUGGGGUCCAGUCCCACAGGAAAUCUUCUACCCCCCGACCAGUGGUAUCUGGUUGUCCGUCUGGCUCGAGAGUGUGCCGUCAAUGCGGCUGGGCAGCAGCAGCGAUGGCACCGUGCUGAGGUCGGAUGAUAUCCGGGGGGGUUACUUGCAAGCCCGACUCGCCGUCCUGGGUCGUCCGAUGGCAGCCGAAUGCGCCGUCGAGAUUGAAGCCAGCCUGGCGGGCACCGUGGUCAGCCACAGCCGACAGAACCUACCGCGGGACAAGGACUGGGUCAAUCUGGAAGUAGAUAUGCGUGUGCCCGAACCCAGCGCGCUCAAAGGGACAGAGCCAUUGAGCCGCGAGGACUGCUGGCAGGGCCGAGUCGCCCUGUGGGCACCCGAACACCCAGUUCUGUAUGGCUUGACGCUGCGUCUCUACAAUGCGUCCGGGAGUCUGGUGGACGCCGUGGAGACCACGACCGGCAUGCGAAGCAUUUCCUGGUCCAAUGGCGAUGGGACCUUGCGGCUGAACGGCAAGCCCUGCUUCCAAACCCUGGUGUUGGAUCAGGGCUAUUGGCCCGAGACGGGGCUGACGCCGCCCUCGCAGGAGGCCCUCCGGGCGGAUAUUGAGAUGGCCCAGAAAAUGGGCCUUAACGGCUGCCGCAAGCACCAGAAGGUCGAAGACCCCGUGUUCCACUGGUGGGCCGAUCAACUCGGAUUCCUCGUGUGGGGGGAGAUCGCCAACGCCUACGAGUUCAGUGCCGAGUACAUGAAUCGCUUCAAUGCCGAGUGGGUCGAGGCCGUGCGUCGCGACAUCAAUCACCCCUGCAUCGUCGCGUGGACCCCGUUCAAUGAAAGCUGGGGCUAUCCGUCCCUAAAGGACAAUAUUGACCAGCGGAACCAUAUCCGCUCAAUCUAUUACCUGACCAAAACCCUGGAUCCCACGCGACCCAUCAACGACAACUGUGGCUGGGAGCAUGUGGCCACCGACCUGACCACCUACCACGACUACACGGAUUCUCCGGCUCUGGCCGCCACCUGUGCUGAUUUCGAGCGCGGCAUUCUGGGCAAGAAAUCCAACCGGGACAUGUUCGUGGGGCCUAUUCAGGACAGCUCAUCUGGCCUCGUUGACCCUGGCGCACGACAUACCCCGGGGGCUCCCGUCAUCUGCUCCGAGUUUGGGGGCGUGAAUAUUAUCCCGGCCCAAGGGACUGAGGCGGGCGAGAGGGACUGGGGGUACACCACCGCCAGUGAUCCGGAGGACCUGCUCAGUCGGCUGGAGAAGCUGGUGAUGGCCGUCGUCAAGGGGGGAUAUUCAUGUGGGUUGGUUUAUACGCAGCUGUGCGAUAUCGAACAGGAGGUUAAUGGCCUCUACUCGUACGAUCGGAAGGAAAAGGUACCGGCGGCCCGGGUCAAGGCUAUCAUGGAUGCAGCGCACCGGUACUAUCACGAACAUGUGGCUCUGAAGUGAAGGGUGGACAUUUAAUUAGCAGAUGAGAUA